UUAUAUACUUGAGAAGCAACUUAACCUUUCACCUUUUACCUCUAACCCGGGUAGGAUCUGAAAAUGGCUACCUCCAUGAAGUACAUCGCGACGUUUUUAUGUCGUGUGUCGUCUUUAACUUCGUAUUCAGUUCGUCAGUAUCAGUCCCGUCUACAGAGGCUACCUGCGAGGACAUGUCUUUCUUUGUCUCCAUUUACACAUCCCAGACACUCGUACUGCAAAGCAGCAUCGCUCCAGGACGAGGCUGCUUCUCAGGCUGCUGAGGCUUUAGCCCGCUACAAGGACAGGCCGUGGGAUUACCUGGAGAGUGAAGAGUAUAUUGAAAGGUAUGGAAGCAGUCCAGUGUGGGCUGACUACAGGAGGAACCACAAAGGAGGCAUCCCCCCUCAGAAGACUCGCAAGACUUGCAUUAGAGGUGACAAGAUAUGUGGGAACCCCUGCCCAAUUUGUCGUGAUCCAAACAUCAUCAUUCACCAUCAGGUGGGUUAU